AUGAAAAGAAGUUAUAACAUUGAUAUAACUAAUGAUCCUUUGUAUGAAUAAUUGUAAAGUAAGCAAACGACCAGAAGAAACAAAAGGCAAAACGAUUUGAGAAUCUAAACACAACCAAGCGUGGAUAUGGAGAGAGUUUAUGAUGCUCUCAAUUUUCAGGAGGAUCUUCAACUACCUUCAACAGCAACCAACAACAGUCUAUUGAAAUACAUCAAAAAGUAGGAACAUGAAGUGCAGUUGGUGAAAAAUAAAAGAAAAUAAACUUCUGCCUCCAGAGACAAUUCUGUCUGGCUUGGAGAUUUGCAGGAAUCAGUUCCCAAAACCGAUGACAUACCUGAUGUUCAAGAAUUUUUGGAUGGUCGAACAAGAGAAUUAAUGAUUAGAACAAGUCACGAAAAUAAAAAAAGGAUAUCCAACAUCAUGUUAAGACUUGAAGACAAUCAGAAAGAACUAGUUUCAAGACACAAGUCUUAUGUCAAUGAAUUGCGCUUUAGUUCCUAUAAUAAGGAAGUGUAAAAUUAAGAACUAGAACACUACAUAACUCUUGGUUAGAAUGAUAACCCUAAUCUUAAUAUCAAAUUAAUAAGUUCAAAAAUCUUAUAAUCAGGACGAAAUUCAUCUUAUUAAGGUCAUAGAUAACCAUUCAAAUAAUUAAAUUUGCAGCAAGUUAAAGAAAAAAUUAUAUUAGAUAUGUUGCGAAAAGAUGUGAAUUGUAAAUCAGAUCCUUUGAGAAUGCAAUUUUUCAACUUAUAUCGUAUUAUUAUGCAAAACAGAACUAUAAAAUCAAGGAAGGAGAAAGAAGUCAUGGAUUUAGUUAACAAAAGUGAAUCUCAAAGAAAAGAAACUAUUUAUGAAAAAAGAUAAUUGUGGAAUUUAAAUAGAAUGAGAUUCACUUUCAGAGAAAAAGAAUCAAAUCGAUCUUUACUGAAUAAAAGUUUGGAUGAAAGAAUGAAUAAAAACCAAAUUUAAAAGAAGAACUUUAAAAAAUUCCUUGAGCAAUUAAAAACUAGCUAAUUAUAUUUAAAUCAAUGCAUGAAAGAAUAAUUGGAAAUACUUAGACAAAAAUUAUUGAAUCAACAAAUAUUAAUGAUGAAUGACAUAAGAGCCUUUGAAAGGACUCCACUUCAUAAACUAUUAAUUUCAUACUUAAAGUUGUGA